AUGAAAUUUUCACUGCUAGCCAUUGCUUCUGUUGCGUUCGUUGUCAAUGCUCAAGGGAAUAAAUCUGAAUCCAUGCCUACAUGGGCCUUUAUCAAAGAACACCGUGACGCUGGCAGAUUUGUUUUUAUGCCAUACACUGACGAACAACGAAACGUCGUGCUGACCAAUGUUGAAAAUGGUUUGAAAGCAUGGUUCAACUAUGAAUCUAAAAUCAAGAAUUAUGGUGAGCGUGCCGAUCCCUUCCCGAUCAUCAAGAAACUGCGUGCAAAACUGGAUGCAUCCAAUCUUACUGAUACUGAGAUGCAGACUGAACUCUUGAGUGCGUUUAUUCGCAUGCGUGACUAUCAUACUCAUUUUGAGCCAUCUGGACCAUAUUCUUGUUUUUUUGCCACGACUGGUCUUUAUUUCAAAUUUAUCGAGGGCGAUGCGGAUAUGGUCAAGAAACCAACCAUCGUUUUUGAAGCUCACAUCAACGUUAAAGAGUUGCGUGCUUUAUACGGAAAAAACUAUGACCAGAUCAAAUUUGGCGACGAGUUACUUCUUGUUGAUGGUAUGACGUUUGUUGACUAUUGGAACUUGAAUCAGGACAAAGCAAGUGGUGCCAAUGAUUAUGGUGGUCAGCAUGGUGCUCUUAGUUACAUGACGUCUCGUUCUGGUGCAUUUACUCUUUUGCCAGAAACUGAUACGAUCAAAUAUCGGUUCAAAUCAAAAGAUACUGGAAAAGUGUACGACAUUGAAGCUCCAUGGGUGGUUGGGUUUAUUCCAUCAUGCUGGAAUAUGACUAGUCAAUUGUAUGCCAAAAUCUCUGGAAAAACUCUACCUGGGACACCUCAGCCUGCCGACACGAACAGUAUAAUUGACACUGAUGCACCUGAUACCGGAGUCAAACGUCGGUUGAAGACUUGGAAAGAAAUCAGAACUCCAUCAAUGAUAUCCGAGUACCAUCAUAGAAAGCAAAAAAUUGAUCGGAUUUUACUUGGACAGCCAUCACAAAACCAUACUUUUGAGUACCAAAACGCCGGCGUGUCGACCAUCAGUUGGGGAAUCUGGAAACCCGAAUCCAAGAAUCUUGGUAUUAUUAGAUUGGAUGAUUUUGUACCAAAAAAUCUUAAAACUGAUGCACCAGCAGAUACAGAGGCUGUUCGUGAAAUCCAUAAACUUCUCAGUACUGUACUCAAAGACACCAAUGCUGUUAUAUUUGAUCUUCGUGCAAAUUCAGGUGGUAGUGGUGAUUUUGCCAAUUCCAUUCCACAACUCUUCAAACCUGAUUUUCAACCGAUGCUGAUAAGAUACUUGAUGAACUCUGUCACAUACAACACACUGGUUAAUGGCACGUACUUUUUUGACAAUUCUGGUCCAGCAUGGUACAAUACUCCACCUGGUAGCAAGUAUUCUGUGGAUCAUGUUGAUACCCCGUUUGAUCGAGCAAACAUGUAUGGUCAAGCUUAUCUCAAGCCUGUUGGUAUAUUCACUGAUGCUAUAUGCUACUCAGCAUGCGAUCUGUUUUCAGCGUCUAUUCAGUCGUCCGAAACUGGCCAUGUUUUUGGCGAAGAUGGAACAACUGGAGGUGGUGGUUCCGACACGUUUUCGCUUGACUCAUAUCUCCUUUUGUUCAAUCACAUCGAUUUUCAACCAAUGCCGUACGCUAAAGAACUGACUGACAAUACAACUGGUCAGAGUUACACCAACGCUCUUUCAAUCGGAGUUCGGCAGGCAAUACGCAACGGCAAACAGCAAGGUCAGCUGCUUGAAGAUAUUGGUGCCGUAACCGAAUACAUUGUACGACCCCGUUUGGCGGAUUUAUUGCCUGGAUCCACUGAAGAUUCACAAUUUGACCGUAUUGCCGAUCAACUCAAAACACUGGGUGUCAGAACUGGACUGAACAAUCUUCAAUUUGUUUGCGAGUCCAUCGAUUAUAACACCACUAGCAGUGACGUAACCAUUGAUGUACAAGUCAAGGGAAUCAAUCAACUGUCAGUUAUUGAUGACACUGGCAAAUCACUUUCAGUUGCCAAGUUUAAAAGCAACAUAAAAAGUCAACACUCGUUCAAACUGGCAUCUGUAAUCAACGAUCUUGGUAAUACUCGGGUCAGUAUCAUUGGCCAAAACAACGGCAAACAGGUUCUCAAAACACAUAAGCAUAUCAGUCGCAUUCCACAACAACAAGAUCGUGUUAAACUUGAACAUGGUGUCAAAUGGGUGUUUAAUGGUACCAGUAAAUCGGUUGGAGUAUACAACUCGCCAUCUACCAAAAAGUCACAGGGAUGGAACUCGGUCAAUGGUAAAUGGGUUGUUGGUGACGGAAUACAAUACAGUCCUGGAAUAGUCACUGAGAUCCGAUCAUACUAUACUGCACCAGUUGGAUCCAACAUCACUAUUGAAAUUGAUGCCGCACUUGAAUCGCAAAUGUAUGGCGACUUUUUAAGCUUGUAUAUCACAGAUGCGGAUAACAAUGUGGAAUCACUUUUGAAUACGGUUGAUCCGAAUACUAAUAUGCCUACAGAAGGUGUAUCCGGAGUCAAGACGGUUGCAGAAAAGUAUGCAGUGACAACCAAGACGGAACAGUUUUUUGUCAACAUCAUAUUCAAUUCAGACCUUGCUGUGCAGAUGAAAGGAGCAACAAUCAAUUAUUGGAGUGUUACCAUGAAUUGA